ACAACAUUUGAGAGGUUAUUUCACAAGAUGUGGGAAUGGGACUGCUAAUUGUAGAAAAUAUGUUGAAGUACACCUCAAACGGAAAACGGUUUAAAUGUGAACUCUUUAAAUAAUCUUAAUAUAGAGAAGCUAUGGAUCAGUGUGUCAAUGUGGAAAGAGAGUUGGAAAAAGUGCUCCAGCAAUUCGCCAGCUAUGGCCAGCACUGUGAUAGAAUUCUGGAGAUAGAAUACACCAGCGGCUUGAAACAGCAAAUAUCGCAGACUGCAGAUCGGGAUGUUGAAUUAUCAGGAACACUUUCUCUUGUCCUAUCCCAAUGCUGUAAGAGGAUAAAAGACACAGUACAGAAGCUGGCGUCAGACCAUAAAGACAUUCACAGCAGCGUCUCUCGAGUAGGGAAAGCCAUUGACAAGAAUUUCGAUUCAGAUAUCAGCAGCGUUGGAAUAGAAGGAUGCUGGCAGUCUGAAAGCCAGCGAGUUCUCAGUGAGGUCAUGGUGGAGCACUUUUUCAGACAAGGCAUGCUGGACGUGGCAGAGGAAUUGUGUCAGGAAGCUGGACUGUGCAUAGACCCAAGUCAGAAGGAACCCUUUGUAGAAUUAAACAGAAUACUAGAAGCACUUCGAGUGAGAGACUUAAGACCUGCCUUAGAGUGGGCAGUGGCGAAUCAGGAAAUGCUUAUGGCCCAGAACAGUGCCUUAGAAUUCAAGCUGCAUAGAUUGUAUUUUAUCAGCCUGCUAAUGGGGGGUCCAGCCAAUCAGAAAGAAGCAUUACAGUAUGCAAAAAACUUUCAACCUUUUGCAGAAAACCACCAAAAAGAUAUCCAGGUCUUAAUGGGAAGCCUAGUGUACCUACAGCAGGGGAUUGAGAACUCUCCGUACGUUCACCUGCUGGAUUCCAAUCAGUGGGCCGAUAUCUGUGACAUUUUUACCAGAGAUGCCUGUGCUCUCCUAGGCCUUUCUGUUGAGUCUCCUCUCAGUGUUAGUUUUUCAGCCGGCUCUGUAGCACUGCCAGCUCUUAUAAACAUUAAAGCAGUCAUCGAACAGAGACAGUGCACUGGAGUGUGGAAUCAGAAAGAUGAAUUACCUAUUGAAGUUGACCUUGGUCAAAAGUGUUGGUACCACUCUGUGUUUGCCUGCCCUAUUCUUCGGCAACAAACAACAGAUAACAAUCCCCCUAUGAAACUCUUGUGUGGCCAUAUUAUUUCCAGAGAUGCUUUAAAUAAAAUGAUGAGUGGAAGCAAGUUGAAAUGCCCAUAUUGUCCAAUGGAGCAGGUUCCGGGAGAUGCAAAGCAAAUCUACUUCUGAAGUGGCCUAGAUCAACCCUCACCAGUCAAACCUGCGCGAUUGGCCAUUCACUUUGAACAAGCCAAACAACAGUCUGCUUCAUGGAGACUGAAAGUGUCGACAGAAGUAAUUCAAUUCUAUGGGAAGGUUUGCCAAUAUUUAGUAACAUGGACACUGUGUGCUGAAGCAAGAGAUAAUAUUAGUGGCAAUAGGUAGGGCUGUGUUUUUUUUUUACUGUGGGGAAAAAAUGGCUGCUUUCACUGCGUUUUACAGUAUAUAAACAGGUGUUUCAAGGUAUUUCAUGAUUUUAAACAUAAUAUUUAUUAAAGCAGAAAUAGCAUUGUCACAUUCAAAAUUGAUAGUAUACAAUAAAAUGCCCGUAAUUAUUUAAAUGGUUAUCUGGAAAACAGUAAAUGCUAAAUUGUAGAAUAUUUCUGUUUUUAUGUCUGCCUUUAAAGACAAUUCUGUUUUCACCAUCAGUGAAUUAUCAAACAAAAUAAAAACAUAAAUACAUGUAAAAAUAACAACAAAUGUCCCCUUAACGUGAAAUGUCCCCUCACUGGACAGAUCGAUCUUUAGCAGAAAUAUUUCUGAUAUUUGAUGCAGCUGCUGUCUUUUUCUUUGAAGACAUUUUAAAAGAAAUCGUGCAGCUCUAUGCAGUGUUCAAGCAUUUACCUGAACCAAACUAAACCAGCUGUCAGCUUUUUGAAUGCAGUGUAGCAGCUAGUGUGUCAAUAAGGCAAACUUUUGCUCUAUUUAUUAUUAAGUGAUACAGAAUAUGUAUACUGUUAUUAUACGACAAUGGGUAAAUUUCACGGAAAUCAUUAAAUCUGUGAUAACCGUGAAAAAAUAGAGCCUUAACAAUAGGGCUUUAUCCUUCAUCUGCAUGUACUGAUCAAGCUGAUCCAUCUGUGCUCCCUAUGAAAGGCAAUUGCUUAUUUGUAUUUUAAGCUAAAUAAAAAUAGUUUGGAUUUUAUAUUAUGGAGGGAAUGUUACCACCCAAAUAAACUUUGUUUUUUCUUGCAUUAUCACUGUCCCAUCAUAUUGAUCAAUUGUAGGUCAUCCUUUGAGGAUUAGUGUGGAAUGGUUUUUCUGUGUGUGUAUGUAACAGUAUUUAGAAAACUAAUGGAUUCAUAUCAAAUACUGCUGCAGAGUUUGCAUAACUAAUUUGUAUUUUUUGGUGAUUUGAGCAAGCUGUGAAAUACUUUCACUUAUUUUUUUUCUCCUGGACUUCUUUAAAAAUAAAUAAUUUAUUAAAAAAAAUGUACAGAACUGAGUUAAUAUUGGGGCUUUUGGAGCUUGAAUAUUUAAUGUAUUGCUAAUUUGUAUGACUGUAUGCAGUUUAUAUUCUCUGACUGGAGAGUAGCACGUAAGGUUUCUUUGCUCUGAUAAUUAAAUAAUGUUAUUUGUGUAAUGCCAUCUCUAUUAAAGAUAUACUUUUGAAAAAUG